AUGGCUGAUGAACCGCGUCGCUCCGGUCGCUCGACCAAGGGCCAGCACAAGAGCCUCGACAUGGUCAACGAAACGCCAACAAAGAAAACGAAAGCUAAAGCGCAGCCCAGAGAUAAACCCCCGAAACCCUCCGCAGAGCCUACCCCCGCGCCUAGCGAGGAGGAAGAGAUUAUCCGGUGCAUCUGCGGCGAAUAUGAGGAAGAGGAAGACAUCGAGCGAGAUAUGAUUUGCUGCGAUCAGUGUUCAGCAUGGCAACAUAAUGAUUGCAUGGGUUUGACAUUCGCGAAGGGCGAAGUGCCCGAUCAGUACUUCUGCGAGCAGUGCAAGCCCGAAGACCAUCCGGUGCUCAUGGACAAGAUAGCAAGAGGCGAGAAGCCAUGGUUAGAGGUAGCGGAACGAAGAAGAAAAGAAGCUGAAGAGUUGAAACAGGCACGACGCAAGAAGGGAAGGAGAGGAGGCAAGAGAGGCAGACCAAGCGAGCCGAAGGAGCCGAAGCCUGAGAAGAGCACACCUUCUCGUACACCGGCACCCCGAGCGUCAGGUACUCCUGCCGCUGAACCACCAGCGCCUGUGAUCGCUACCCCAGCUCCCGAGAAAAAUAGUCAUUCGCCUGAGAAGCCACCAUCCAGUUCUCAGAAGCGAAAGCUGAGUGAACAGGAGGUAUCGACGCCGGAGUCGGGCCCCAAGACGAAACAGGCAAAGAUUUCGCCGCCUGCUGCAAGCCCGGCACCUCACGUCAACCAGUCGCCAGAGGAUAAAGAGCCAGUUGGCCAGGAUACUAAUCAAACGCCGGCCGCGGACACUACGAAGACUGAACGACUGAAGACUCUUGAAGAUAUCACCAAUCCGGCUAGGAGGAAUGCUGCUAGCGCGCUAACUAAAGUGUUUGUGGACCAGAUCUCCAGUGCCCUGGCGGGAGGGUCUUUCAAAAUGUCUGAAGGCAAGACGGGGGAGGAAGUUGGUCAGCAACUUGGCAUCUCAGUCGAGGAGGCUUUGUAUCAAAAUCUAAUGGGGGGAGGUGGAGAGGCUACCUCAGAAGCUUAUAAGAUACAACUGCGGGCGAUUUUGUUCAACGUAAAGAAGAACCCUUCUCUACGGGAUCGUCUGCUCGUAGGUAGUUUAACUCCUGAUGCCCUCUCUAGAAUGAGCUCCCAAGAGAUGGCAAGCGAGGAGCUACAACAGAAAGAUGCUGAGAUCAAGCGAGAGGCUGAAAGACAGCACAUGAUCAUUCAGGAACAAGGGCCCCGGAUUAGGCGAACCCAUAAGGGAGAAGAACUCGUUGAGGAUGAUCAGACUAAUGUUUCUACUGAGCCUGUCUUCUCAAACAUUCCUCGUCGCGUUACCGAGACGGAUGGGAGUCCGGCGGCGCAGAGUCCAACUAGUCCAAGUGCUAAGCAGCCAGAGACUGACGGCCAUAAGGUCAAGACAGACGCUACACCAGCUGAACCCACGCCUCAUGACGAACAUUUCCCGACCCGGAGCCAUUCUCCUGGCGCCGGUCAGGACCAAGUCUUCCCGGAGGUGGCCACACACAUUAGCCAGCCAAUACCCACUGGCAACGUCCAGGCCGAUGCAGAGAUUGAUCAGUUGUUGAAAGACGACGACGAACCCGAGUCUCCACCAUAUUCACCGAAGGACCACCACGAUGAGGGAGCUGUCUGGCAUGGCCGAGUCGUCAUGAACCCCGUCGCAGAGUUCUCGUCGUUUGCGAAGCAUGUCGCGGGAGCAGACUUGAGUGGAAGAAUUCCUUGGAACGACCUCAUACCAUCUACACUGCUGAUCGAUGGGAGAAUCAAAAUUCAAUCCGCCGGAGAGUACCUAUGUGGCUUGCGGUUCAGUCAAUCAACAGAUGUCUCGGUCGUCGCCAUAAGCAGUCCUGACUCCUCCAAGGACAAGUCUAAUUUUGACAAACUGUUUGACUACUUCCAGGGCCGUGAGCGAUACGGCGUUAUGGGCAAGCAUCCUCUAGAAGCAGUCAGGGAUACCUACCUCAUCCCCAUCGAGGCCGGUUCAACGAAGAAGCCCGAGUUUAUCGAGCUGCUAGAGAACAACGCACUCGAGGAUCCAACCCCAGAACGCCUUUUCCUUGUCGUAUUCGCCGUGAAGACAGGCGAGUCGAACCCACCAUCCGUGCAACCCCCAUCGCUGCACGCAAGCAUGGAACCUGCGGCUUCAGCAAGUCCGUUAACAGUCACCUCCGGCACACCCCAGCAACCCUUCGCAACUCCCGGCCCUCGGCAUUUAUUGCAAUACCCUCAAACACCAUCACCCGCAUUCCCCGGUGCAUCCCACGCAACGGCUCCAUAUUCCCAGCCACAACCACAGCCGCAGAUCCAGCAUCAACAACCACCUCCAAAAGCCACGCAGUACAACUCAUCAUUACAACCUCAGCUGCCAACAGAGCCUACCGGUCUCCCGGCCGCCAUUCAGGUCUUAGGAGGCCAUGCAAAUACCCCCGCGAUCCAGGAGCUCCUCCAGAAGGCGCCAACCAUCACUGUGACACAGCUGAACGUCGUUCGCGACAUUCUUGUCCGGCGUCCCCAGGCAGCGGCUGAUUAUACUACCUUAAUGGAUGAAUUACUUGGAGAAUCAACGACCAGAACAAAUGGGAGUGGAACUGGGAGUGGGAACGGUCAUCCGCCGCCACAGCAGCAGCAGCCGGCGCAGUAG